UCCGCAAUCGUUCGCGAAAGCUAUAGCCAAUUCACCAUCGAGCUGCUGGUCUCGGCGUCUUACCUCCUUUUUUUCUCUGAUCUGGGAGGCGGAGUUCUUAGAAGUUCAUCGGAUCAAAGCUGCGAUUCAUUGUUUAGCUUCUCUUCUUCCAUUUUAGGCUUUCAGUCAAUUUCUCCUCAGGAUAUAACUAGAGAUGGAUUUCAUGAAGGUUCUGGAUCAGACUGUGCGUGAGAUAAAGAGAGAGGUUAAUUUGAAAGUACUCAAGGUUCCGGAGAUUGAACAAAAGGUCCUUGAUGCAACAAAUGAUGAACCUUGGGGUCCUCACGGUUCUACUUUGUCUGAGCUCGCACAGGCCACAAAAAAAUUCACUGAAUGCCAGAUGAUUAUGAAUGUACUUUGGACAAGAGUAGGAGAUAAGACUGCAAAUUGGCGUCAUAUUUAUAAGGCUUUGUCUGUUAUUGAGUAUUUGAUAGCAAAUGGGUCUGAACGGGCAAUUGAUAACAUUCUGGAGCAAAGUCAUCAAAUUUCUUCACUCUCAGAUUUUGAGUUUGUUGAGCCUAAUGGGAAGGAUGUUGGGAUCAAUGUGAGAAAGAAAGUUGAAACCAUUUUAGCCCUUCUUGGAGAUAAGGAAAAAAUUCAAGCCGUUAGAAAUAAAGCUGAUGCGACACGGGAUAAGUAUUUUGGGCUAUCAUCAACAGGAAUUACUUACAAGUCAAGUUCAACCUCAUAUAGUGGGAGUAGCUUUCGCCAGAGUGAGCAUUAUGGGACCUCAAGUGGUACUAGGGAGGAUGAGUCAUUCAGAGAUAGCUUUAGAGAUGGCAAGCAAAAUCAUGGAGCUAGUGAUGGACUCACUAAGUCAAAGGAAGGCUUUUCAAAAGAAAAGGAUGGCAGCAUAAUGAAGAAGGGUGUGUUGCAUAGUGCCAGAAACCAAAAUGUUUCAGCGAAACCCUUGCCUAAGCCUGGUUUAGCAUCAUCUGCAAGCCGAAGUACCAAGAUAGCGAGUAAUGAUGACGAGCUUGACGAUUUUAAUCCACGCGGUUCUACAAAAUUUGAAUCAACAAAUAUAAAUUCACCUCAAGUGGAUUUAUUUGGAGAAAGCUUAUUAGGCGACCUUUUGGAUGCUCCUACAUUUGUGCCAACAGACUCACCAACGUUAAAGUCUACUGAAAAAUCCGAGGUUGAUUUGUUUGCUGAUGCAGCUUUUGUGUCAGCUGCACCUCAAGAAGGAACAAGCUCUAAUAAGCAGGCAAAUGUCGAUCUUUUUUCUAAUCAGAAUGCUAUUCCUGCUACGUUUCCUUCAAAUGCGAAGUUGUUUGCAGAAACAAAUUCAGGCUUGCUUCCAGAGUCCAAGUCUUCCAACCCAACAGCCAUCAGUUCUUUUGAUCCAUUUGCUGCAUCAGAUUCCAUCUUUCCCUCUGAAUCAAAACUCCCCGGUACAAACACAAAAAAUAGCAGCACCGCUGAUCCCUUUGCUGCAAUUCCAGUGAACAUUGUUGCUGGACCUGAUGAUCUCUUCGGUUCUUUCACUUCUAAUGCUCCGACGGCAUCAAAGGAAUCUUCAGGCGAUUUUUCAAACACCAGACAACCUGCACCUAAAAAGGAGCCUUUUCAAGUGAAGUCUGGGAUUUGGGCUGAUUCUUUGAGCCGCGGAUUGAUUGAUCUGAAUAUAACAGCAUCUAAGAAGGCGAAUCUAGCAGACAUUGGUGUUGUUGGUGGACUUAAUGAUGAAUCCAAUGAAAAGGAAAGGGCUCCACCUCCACCAUCAUACAGGGGAAGAGCGAUGGGUGCAGGAUCCGGUCUUGGUAGGACAACAGGCUUCUCUUCUUCAACAACUGCAGAAGGAACAACCUGGAACUUAUCCAACUUCCAGUCAUAGAAUGGAAACUUCGAUUCAUAAUUUCUUUAUUUCUCUAACUUUUUAUGGUUUUGAUUACAAUUUAUUGUGCGUCAAUGGCCUUUUUCAGGGUUAUUUUUCUAAGGUAUUACUGUCAUUUUAUUUUUUCUACGAGAUUAUAUUGUAAAAGUUUGCGGAAUUGCAUUGUUUUUAUAUUUGAAGUGUUUCAGUGCGGGCGCCAAUAAACAGUUUCGAUCA